CGCGAAGCGCACUGCUGCUGUAGUUUGGGUGAUGAGCUCGCUCCACUGGAAAGAACGGCAGCGCUUUUUCCUAAUAAACUACAGCCCCCAGAAUCCCAAGCGAGUUCACCAGAAACGUCAACGAGCCAGUGAACACAAGCGGAGCAGACCAAAAUCCCAAACAAGGAAAUGAUGGGGAUUAAAAACGCUUACAUUAUUUAAUUAAUGCAUUUAUUAAUUAAUAUUUAAUUUUUGUAUUGUAAAUUAAGACAUAUUUAUGGGUUUAAAAAAUGGACUACGACUUCAAAACGAAGCUUGCGGCUGAGCGGGAGAGAGUGGAGGAUCUGUUUGAAUAUGAAGGUUGUAAAGUGGGUCGAGGUACCUACGGGCAUGUUUAUAAAGCCAAGCGCAAGGACGGGAACGAUGAAAAGGAGUAUGCACUGAAACAAAUUGAAGGUACUGGAAUAUCCAUGUCUGCUUGCAGAGAGAUUGCGCUCUUGAGAGAAUUGAAGCACCCCAACGUGAUUGCACUACAGAAAGUGUUCCUUUCUCACAGCGACAGGAAGGUCUGGCUCCUGUUUGAUUAUGCAGAACACGAUUUGUGGCAUAUUAUAAAAUUUCACCGUGCCUCGAAAGCCAAUAAAAAACCAAUGCAGUUGCCAAGAGGGAUGGUCAAAUCACUGCUUUAUCAGAUUCUGGACGGGAUUCAUUACCUACAUGCAAACUGGGUGCUUCACAGAGACCUUAAACCAGCCAACAUCCUGGUAAUGGGAGAAGGCCUUGAAAGAGGAAGAGUUAAAAUAGCUGACAUGGGGUUUGCGAGACUGUUUAAUUCACCACUUAAGCCCUUGGCGGAUCUGGACCCUGUGGUAGUAACGUUUUGGUAUCGUGCACCAGAAUUGUUGCUAGGAGCCCGACAUUAUACUAAAGCCAUUGAUAUAUGGGCGAUUGGUUGUAUCUUCGCUGAGCUUCUCACGUCAGAACCAAUCUUUCACUGUCGCCAAGAGGAUAUCAAAACGAGCAACCCCUUUCACCACGACCAGCUGGACAGGAUCUUCAGUGUCAUGGGGUUCCCGGCAGAUAAAGACUGGGAAGAUAUCAGAAAAAUGCCGGAGUACCCAACACUUCAGAAAGACUUCAGGAGAACAACGUAUGCAAACAGCAGCCUCAUUAAAUAUAUGGAAAAGCAUAAAGUAAAACCUGACAGCAAGGUUUUUCUUCUGCUCCAAAAACUGCUCACUAUGGAUCCCACGAAAAGGAUCACCUCGGAGCAGGCACUGCAGGAUCCAUACUUCCAAGAGGACCCUUUACCUGCUUCUGAUGUGUUUGCUGGCUGUCAAAUCCCAUACCCUAAAAGAGAAUUUUUAAAUGAAGAUGAACCAGAAGAAAAGGUUGACAAGAACCAGCAGCAGCAGCAGACGGCCCCAGUACAGGCUCAGCAGCAGAGCAGCACGCAGACAAACGGGACAGCAGGAGCUGGGGGGGGCACAACGGGGGCAGAGCUGCAGCACAGCCAGGAUCAGGUGCCUCCCAACAAGAAACCUCGCCUCGCGCCCUCCGGAACCAGCACAGGCACGGGCGUCAUGCAGUCUGGAACCAGCACGAGCACGGGCACGGGCAUCAUGCAGUCUGGAACCAGCACGGGCGCCGUGCAGUCCGGAGCCAGCACGGGCAUCAUGCAGUCCGGAACCAGCAUGGGCACAGGAGUCCUGCAGUCCGGAACCAGCACGAGCACAGCCGUCAUGCAGUCCGGAUACCAGCACUCAAGUUCCCGCCUGGGUUACCAAAGCAAUGUCCAGGGGUCAUCACAGUCCCAGAGUACUAUGGGAUACUCAUCUUCAUCUCAGCAGAGCUCUCAGUAUUCACACCAGUCUCAUCGGUACUAACGAGCAGAGUGUGUGAGUGGGGGAAUGUAUGUGAGAGUGUGUGAGCUGCAACUCGCCGUGGACUCCAGACUCCAGCAAUAUGAAGUGAAAUGAAACUGCAAAGAGGAACCAAAAAGACUGUGACCCAGACAACUUUCCUUUACCCAGAGCUCAAUAAUAAUUUCAUUGAAAGAAAACUACUUUUAAACAGAUGAGAAAAAAAAAAAGAAAUCAGUCUGGAAUUUUGUUGCAUUCGGUUCAGCACGCAGGUCUGUCUAACCCGGUCCUUUAUGCACAGAAGACCAGUGUGAACCGUAGCUCUUUGAAUAGAAGAAUUGCAGCUCUGUGUAUAUCUAUACAGCACCUUUUCUAUGUGGUAACGAGACCCUGUUUUUUUUGUUCGUAGAGUUUUAAGUUUACUACAAACUUAUUGUUUUGUAAAUGAUUUUGUAUACUAGACUUAUGGGAUGAGAAACACAGGAGAACGCCAUUAUGUUCAAGGAAACCUUUUCAUGCACUGUACAGUUUUACUCUUGGAUGUCAUUACCUGAAAACACAACUCUUCCUCUGCAAUCUACUUUUUUAAAAACGACUUCUUACAAGCGGCAGCUGAUGACCUUGCAGGGAAUACUAUUUGUGCAAAGAUAUGUUGAGAGAUUCCACAGCACAGCACAGCAACCGACUGCCAUUCAGCAAGUACGCUGGGCAAUAAAACAGAUGAAGCUGCUGUGCCACACCAGGCCAAAUACUCCCUGCAUUACUGGAAAGCCAGACGUUUAGCCUUCUUCAAAAGCUGCCACAUCAAUGGUAUCAGUUGUCACUGUACAAAGGGGUCUUUUUUGCUUUCUGAGAAUUGUUUUUUUUAUGCAAAGUUACAAAUGCAACAGCCAGAGCACUGUCAUUAGUACCUUUCGUGCUACUUUUUAACCUGCCCCUACAGGUUUUCACUGUGCCAUUACAGCGUACUGUAAAGGACAGUAUAGUGAAACCUUGAUUUAAGACUGCCCUUGUACAGCAUGUCAUUUCAGGUCUUACCUGGGUUUUACUCUUGAAAAAUAUGUCUGUUUUAAACGAGCGUUCCAUUAGACCUGGUCAUUGUGUUUGACUUUUAGAACCACAGUGGGGAAAUUAAAUCAGUGUUUUAUCUUUAUUUUAUUUUCUAUAGGCCCUUAUUUUUAAAGCUUUCCCUUUGUGUGCUAUCUGUCCUGUUGCAUGACGCCAAACAAAACAUAGUCUUGGAAGCAAACCUCAUCUUCGAAUGGGGAGCACCGGAAUAGCAAAACUGGUGCCACAGCGACCUCUUGUGACUGGUUAGGGACUAAUUGUUAACAACCCUUUUAGAAGCACUGAAAGUGCUGCCUCGCAUCAGCCGGCACUAACCACUGACACGCCUGUGUGAAAAACACGUCAUUAAAGUGACUCCUAGUAUAUUUAAAUAAAAACAGUGCUUGUAAUGGGUCUGUACCAACAGUGUUUUAUCAUGAACAUUGUGUGUGCAUUCCUAGGUUGAUUGUGUUCAGUACUGACACUUGUAUGAUCCCAUUUCAGGCACUAAAUACAUAUAUAUAUAUAUAUAUAUAUAUAUAUAUAUAUAUAUAUAUAUAUAUAUAAAAAUUUGUGAAAUCCUAGAAAAUACUAUUUUUGUAUCUUAUCACUGGUUCCUUUGUUAUUGUUCUGAUUACCUGUAUUUUGGGGGACUCUUUUUGUUCGUUUGUUUACUUUGGUUAUGUACGUGCAGAGUUUUGAAAUGUAACACUACAGUUUUAUAAAGUUUAAAGUUGAAACUGCUUCCUUAACGACUACACUCGGGCGAGCAUGGGAGGGAGGCUGGCACAGGAAGUAAGAUACCAGGAAGCAGUAGUUUUUACAUUUUCUAAAUCUCUAGUAUGUGUGUGUGUGUGUGGAUUAAAUCACAUUUUUAAAAGUAAAACAAAAGAAGAGAGGAACACAUUCAUUGUCAUCUAGAACAACGAGGGGACCAGUGAUACAUUUUCUAAUAGUAAUAGGAUUUCAUUAUAAAUACUUGGUUAUGUUGUAUUGACUGACUGUCACUGACUGACAAAGGCCACCCCAGCCUGUUAGUGGUUAUGUCACUUGUUUGUUACUCGCUGAAAACGCUUCCAGAGCAAUUGACACAUUUUAUCAGUAUUUAAUGCCAGACAGACGUACGGACGUACUGUGUAUCAGUCCAUGUGUGAUGACAAAGGGAUUCAGUCUGGUAUUUCUGUGUAUACAGGCAAGAAGCAGGCAAUCAAGGCAACAGAGAAUGGGAAAAGGCACUGCUCUCAAGUCCGAUUUAAGAUAUUUAUAUCAUAUAAAUACAAGUAAUAUCUUGUCUACUUUGUUGAAAUAAUGUGUUUAUUAUUUUAUGUACUCUCUGUGUGUGUACGUACAUACAUACAUACAUACAUACAUACAUACAUACAUACAGUGCCUAUAGAAAGUCUACACCCCCUGUUAAGGGGGAAAAAAGUUUUUAUUGAGAAAAAUUAUAUAUUAAAAAUACAAAACUGAAAGAUCAUAAUUGGAUAAGUCUCCACCCCCCUGAGUUAAUACUUGGUGGAAGCACCUUUGGCAGCAAUUACAUCUAUGAGUCUGUUGGGAUAGGUCUGUACCAACUUUGCACACCUAGAUUUGGCAAUAUUUGACCAUUCUUCUUUACAAAACUGUUCAAGCUCUGUCAAGUUCCUUGGGGAGCGUUGAUGGACAGCAAUCUUCAAGUCAUGCCACAAAUUUUUGAUUGGAUUUAGAUUGGGGCUCUGACUGGGCCACUCAAGGACAUUUACCUUUUUGUUCCUUAGCCACUCCAGUGUAACUUUGUGUGCUUUGGGUCGUUGUCAUGCGUAAAGGUGAACUUCUGCCCAGUUUCAGCUUUCUUGCAGAGGGCAGCAGGUUUUCCUCAAGGACUUCUCUGUACUUUGCUCCAUUCAUUUUCCCUUCUAUCCUGACAAGUGCCCCAGUCCCUGCCGAUCAGAAACAUCCUCAUAACAUGAUGCUGCCACCAGCAUGCUUCACAGUAGGGAUGGUGUUCUUUGGGUGAUGCGCCGUGGGGUUCAUCCCAAACAUAACCCUUUGCAUUUAGGCCAGAAAGUUCCAUUUUAGUUUCGUCAGACCACAAAACUUUUUGCCACAUGGCUACAGAAUCUCCUGAGUGUUUUUUUGCAUACUUCAAACGGGAUUCAAGGUGGGCUUUCUUGAGUAAUGGCAUCCUUCUUGCCACCCUACCCUACAGACCAGAUUUGUGGAGUGCUUGGGAUAUUGUUGUCACAUGCACACUUUGACCAGUCUUGGCCAUAAAAGCCUGUAGGCCUCUUGGUAGUCUCUCUGAUCAGUCUCCUUCUUGCUCGGUCAUCCAGUUUGGAGGGACGGCCUGAUCUAGUCAGGGUCUUGGUGAUGCCAUACACCUUCCACUUCUUAAUAAUCGUCUUGACCGUGCUCCAAGGGAUAUUCAAGGCCUUUGAUAUUUUUUUUUUUUAUACCCAUCCCGAUAUGUGCCUUCAGCAACUUUGUCCCGGAGUUCUUUUGAAAGCUCCUUGGUGCUCAUGGUUGAGUCUUUGCUUUAAAAUGCACUACCCAGCAGAGGGAACCUACAGGAACUGUUGAAUCUAUCCUGAAAUCAUGUGAAUUACUACAAUUUAACACAGGUGGAGACCACUUAACUUGGUCUGUGAUUUUGAAGGCGAUUGGUUACACCUGAGCUAAUGUAGGAUUGCUAUUACAAUGGGGGUGGACACUUAUCCAACCAAGCUAUUUCAGUUUUUAUUUUUAAUUAAUUUUCUACAAAUUUCUACAAUAUUUUUUUUAACUUGGAAGUUGUGGGGUAGGAUGUGUAGAUACAUGAAAAAAAAAACGUUUUAAUGCAUUUUAAUUCCAGGCUAUAAGGCAACAAAAGGUGAACAUUUUCAAAGGGGGUGUAGACUUUCUAUAGACACUGUAUAUAUAAUAUAUAUACACACACACACACACACACACACACGGUGGUAUAUGUAUGUGUGAUAUAUACUUUUUUUUGUGUACAGGUACAGUACCAUGUAGAAAGAUACUUGCAGGAUCAUACAGUACACUUAAGCACUCUGCUGCAAACGUGACAUGUAGUGUAAGUCAGGUAUUUAAUAAUAAUAAUAAUAAUAGUAAUAAUAAUAAUAACUUUAUUAUAGCGCCUUUCACACCGAGGUGUCUCAAGGCUCUGUACAAAAUUCAAACACAAAUCAACAUUACAAAAACACAAUGAAUAACAAUUAAUCAGUUAAAACAUUCUACAGAUACAGAAAGAAAUAAAAUAGGUAAAUAUAGAGAUAAAAUCGAUCAUCAUAAAAGUACAGUAUAUUCUAAUAAACUGCAGUAGAGUGAAAGAGUUAAGAAAAAUACAGCGCAGAAUAAGUGUGUCUUGAGGGUACUUUUAAAUUUGGCUACUGUUGUGGAUUCUGUAAUAAAGGUUGGUAGUGAGUUCCAAAGAAAAGGAACAAAUUAAAAAGAAAAACUACAACUAAAUAUACUGUAAUGCCAAAUAACAAACUAGGGUCUAAAUUAAAAAAAACACACAUUUGACCUUACGAGAAAUGUGUAUUCUCCAGUCAUUCCUUUGACGCGCAUUUACAAUGGCACGCUAAUAGAACACAAUAAAUCCUAUGCAAAACCUCUUCUCGAAAAAACAACUGCAGUACAAUCACGCUUUACAUUUUUAAAACUCGCCUUUUUUACUUUGCGUAAAAAUCCAGUGUUCAAAAACAGAAGCAAGGGACCUUUUUCUAAAAUUCUUCUGAUUCAUCCGCAUAUUUUAUAUCUAUUUUUUUUACCUUUUAGAAAAAGGUAACUUUUGUAACAAGCCCCUGCGGAUGAAUCAGAACAAUUUUAGAAUGAGGCACAGGCUCAGGCUCACUAAUGGGAUAUUUCUCCUUGUCGUGAAAUUGGUUGAAGCAGGAAUCUGGUGAAGGUAUGAUUGUCCUGGGUAAAGCAAUGUCCCCCAAGCCCAGUUGAAGAUGUAUAACAUACAGAUUUGGCACAUGUUUAAACAUUGGCUGGUAAGGUAAGUACAAGCAGCUCUUUAGGAUGUUACAAAAACACUGUUUUCUGCUUUUUACAGUGCUGAUAGUGGAACAUCGGCUUUAAUAUGAAUUUUAAUUUUGUACAUUUUUUUUUUAUUUUAAUACAUUUUUCUGACUGGAAUAAUUGAAUUCCAGCAGAGGAAGACCCUCCUGGCUGUAUCCACUAGCCAGUGCCAUUGUCCUGAGCCUUUCUUGAGAAUAUAGUCACAAAACCAUCUUACAAGCACAACGUGUUCUCUUGGAGCAAACAAAUGCAAGGAAUGGAGAUUACAAAAAAACGACGGCUAAAAAUUUGAGUUGUUAAGAUAACGCCAAAGUAUUAUUUUGUAUUUUCAGAUCCUAGUAGAAUGGCAAAAUCUAUUUCAAGCUGGGAACAGUGCCUUUUCAAGUCUGGUUGUUCACAUCUAGGCCAAGGUGUUGCCUUGCAAUUCAGGGCGCCACUCAAAACUAGUUUUACAUUUUUUAAAUUAUAAAAAAGUGUCUGUUUUAUACCUUUUCAGUCCUGCUUGGCUUGUGACACAGUUGUUGUGUUUUAUUUUACCCCUUGUACUGUAUAAUAAAGAACGGUGAAACAGAUGUGAUGUUACUCACAUACUACAACGUUUGUCCUGUUAUUUAAAUGAUUUGAAAUACUGUACAUAAUACCACACUUAAGCAUUGUCCACCUCAUCACAAAAUAGAGAAAAUGUAUUACUAUGUCCUUAAUGCACUGUUUUCGCCUAAAUAUUUAGUACUAAAUUAAAUUACUAUUUAAUGUUUUUUUUUAAAUAUAUGUCUUGUUUAGACACUAAAGUAUUACAGUUUAAAUAAAUACUGUAGGGUCAGUAAUGUCCUUUUUUAACAAUUAUAUACAAGUUUUUUUUUUUUUAAAUGUAUUAUAACACUUCUUCAACUGCACUUGUUCCCAUUUUCCCUUGUAAAAGUGCAUUGCAUGUGCUGGUCUUCUCCAGUCUGACAUGUUAUCACGCUUUCACUGCUUUCAGCAUACCGUUCCAAUGACUGUUAAAUGAAAAAGUCAUGUACAUUUAUUUUAUAUCCUCUAUUGUAAUAAAAUAUCUCUUGCUUCAA